AUGGCAUCUUCUUCUUUACCUUUUACCUCUCUUCAUCUGCAAUUUGUUUCACCAAACACAAAAUCAUCUACCACUAGGUUGUCUUCUCGGCGGAUUAGAGCCUCAGUGUCGGAGAAACCACCUGUUCCAGCGCCGGCAGUGGCGGUUCCAGCGAAGGGAGAAACCAAGCUUCCAUUGAAGAAAAUUCCGGGGAAUUAUGGGGUUCCUAUUGUUGGUCCAUUCAAAGAUCGACUUGAUUAUUUCUACAAUCAAGGCCGGGACGAGUUUUUUAAAUCGAAAAUCCAGAAAUACAACUCGACAGUGUUUCGGACCAACAUGCCACCUGGUCCUUUCAUUUCUCAAGAUCCAAAGGUUGUCGCUUUACUCGACGGUAAGAGCUUCCCCGUCCUUUUCGAUGUCACCAAGGUUGAAAAAAAAGACCUUUUCACCGGCACUUACAUGCCUUCAACUGACCUCACCGGCGGCUACCGAAUCCUCUCAUAUCUCGACCCUUCCGAGCCCAAACACGCUAGGCUCAAACAACUCCUCUUUUUCCUCUUGAAAUCUAGGAGAGAUCAUGUAAUCCCCGAGUUCCAAGCCUCUUACAGUGAGUUAUUCGAAACGUUAGAGAAAGAAGUCGCCGAGAAAGGCAAAAGCAGCUUUCAGACAGCUAACGAUCAAGCUGGGUUUAACUUCUUGUGCCGGGCUUUCUUCGGUUCAAACCCACCGGAUACUAAACUAGGAACCGAUGGUCCUAGUUUGAUCAGUAAAUGGGUACUGUUUCAACUCGGUCCGGUUCUUAAACUCGGUCUCCCAAAGUAUGUUGAAGAACUCUUGAUCCAUACCUUCCCUCUUCCCCCGGCUUUGGUUAAAAAGGAUUACCAGAGACUGUAUGAUUUCUUCUACGAAUCAUCUGGUUCCAUUCAAGAUGAAGCUGAGAAACUGAGUAUUUCACGAGAAGAAGCUUGCCAUAAUCUGUUAUUUGCUACGUGUUUCAAUUCAUUCGGUGGCAUGAAGAUCUUCUUCCCCAACAUGCUUAAAUGGAUUGGCAGGGCUGGAGUUAAGCUACACAAUAGAUUAGCAACGGAGAUCAGAUCAGCCAUAAGAUCCAACGGUGGAAAACUCACAAUGGCAGCCAUGGAACAGAUGCCAUUAAUGAAAUCGGUCGUCUACGAAGCGUUACGGAUCGAACCACCGGUCCCGUUACAGUACGGGAGAGCAAAGAAAGAUAUCGUGAUAGAGAGCCACGACGCGGUGUUCCAAGUGAAACAAGGGGAGAUGCUGUUCGGGUUCCAACCAUUUGCAACGAAAGACCCGAAAAUAUUCGAGAGAGCGGAGGAGUUUGUGGGGGAGAGGUUCAUGGGAGAGGAGGGGGAGAAGUUGUUGAAGCACGUGAUAUGGUCAAAUGGACCCGAGACUCAGCAACCGACGUUGGGGAACAAACAGUGUGCAGGGAAGGAUUUCGUGGUGUUGAUGUCGAGGCUUUUGGUGGUGGAAUUGUUUAGACGUUACGACUCGUUUGAUAUCGAAGUGGGUAAGUCGGCUUUGGGGGCUGCCGUUACCGUCACAUCCUUGAAGAGAGCUAGUUUUUAA